CGUGCUGACCAGUUAUUACUGUGCCUCAUGAGGCUUCGCCUUGGGCUAUUGUAUGGACACCUUGCACGGAUUUUUCAAAUCUCUGUGUCAAGUGUUAGCAACCACGUGUCAUACAUACUCAGCCUGCUCUGCAAGAUCAUGAAGAAGGUUGUAAUCUGGCUGCCGAAAUCCCACAUUCAAAACAGCAUGCCAGAUUCCUUCAUUGAAAAUAAGCAUGACGACACCACAUGCAUUCUUGACUGCACAGAGGUGUUUUUGCAGCGCCCCAAAAAGCUAAUGGCCAGGGCACAAACAUUCAGCAGCUACAAAGCACACAACACCGUGAAGUUUCUUGUAGCAAUUGCCCUAAAUGGGUUUAUAAUGUUUGUGUCCAAAGCUUAUGGAGGGCGUGCCUCGGACAAAUUUAUUACCAACAGCAGUGGCAUCAGCGACUACCUGGUACAUGGCGAUGUUGUCAUGGCAGACAGGGCUUUCGCCCUCACAGAUGAGAUGGAACUACAAGGCGUUCGAUUGAACACACCGGCAUUUACGAAAGGAAAACCACAACUGAGUGACAAAGAGGUGACGAGCACAAGACGCAUUGCAUCUGUUCGAAUUCAUGUCGAGCGUGCAAUAAACAGGAUUAAGACUUACAGGAUCUUUAAGCAAGCACUUCCCAUAUGGUCGAAGAAAAGCAUUAGCAACAUGGUAUUUGUAUGCGCAGGACUCUGCAACAUGAAGUCCGAAUUGAUCAAGAAGCCAAGUGCUUAG